ACAGUUAUUGUCUUGAACAUUUUUGCUUCUGUUCCUUUCAAGAUCUUUAUACCACGGUGGAGUAGUCAAAGGUUGUUGCUUUCCUUCCUUCUGCUCUCGGAAAGCUUCAACGCCCUAGUAAUGUCUCACAGAUCCUAGUCCAGCUAUCUGUGCAUUCAAAUGGCCUCACGCCCUCGCCAAGUUCAGUCUGAACUAGUAGCUUGCCCACUCUGCUUCCUUUUAUAAGCUUUGCUGAUGCAGUACUAGUGUUCUUUCUUUAGCUUCACAUUUGUGAUUUUCCUAGGUAAUGGUGAGAUUUUAUAGGGUGAUCAAAUCCUCUGUGAGGCCAUGAGGGGGCGUUCAUCUUUCUGUGUGCCCCUGAGUGUGAUAUCUUGAUGAUUUCAUCAUCCAAAUAGGUUCUUUUAGUUCAAUUUUGGGGCAGUUUUAGGUGCUCUUUUGAGCUUCUUGGGACUAGCUGCCUAGCCAUAUCCAAAAGGAGACGCACUUCUUGGUUGGUUCUUAACUUGUCUGGAAGCUCUACAUCCAGUGAAACAAACACUCUUUUUCUUCAAGUUACAACGGUGGUAAUGUGGGAACAGGGAAAGAUAGGUGUUUCCUGAACAGUUGGAGAUGUAUUCAGGCCAGCAAUCUGAUCAGUGUCCUGGUCCAAAUAGUGGCAAAGAAUUCUUGGAGGUGAACUGGGAUUCUGUUGCACUGCAUCAGAAGAUGGGGUAUAACAGUGGCGCAUUUGGAUUUCAAGCUUACCCCAUGGUGUUAGAGGAUAGAGAGGGACUCUAUAGAUCACCCAACGGCACAUUCUGUCAAAAUAUCCAACUGAGUGAUGAUCAUAGCAGUGGUGCAAAGAGAAGGAAAGGAAUAGAUGAUCACAUUGCCUUGUUGAACCCAUCAGCAAGUAGCAGGAUACAAAAUGUUGGUGAUCAACAGACAGAGGUUUCAUCUCAGCAAGAGAGGAUAUCAAUGGAGGAGGACAACCAAAAGAGUUGCUCCAAAAUGCAAAGCAAGGAAGAUUCUUCUGAUGGUGAUGGUACUAAAGAAGAUUAUGUUCAUGUCCGGGCAAAGCGAGGCCAAGCCACUAAUAGCCACAGCCUUGCAGAAAGACUGAGGAGAAAAAAGAUAAGCGAGAGGAUGAAGCUGCUUCAAGAUCUUGUCCCAGGCUGCAGUAAGAUCACUGGUAAGGCAGUCAUGCUUGAUGAGAUAAUCAAUUAUGUACAGUCACUACAACGUCAAGUUGAGUUUUUGUCGAUGAAACUCGCAACUGUCAACCCUGAGCUUAGCUUUGAUAUUGAGCAGAUUCUAUCGAAACAAAUGAUGCUUUCACAAGAUAGACAUCUUGCUUUCUACGGAGUCGACCCAGGAUCAAGUGCCCUCGUUGCUCAUUUUAACCAAGGAAUCAUGCAGCCAGAAAUGCUGUGUAAUGUUUCCAAUCCUGCAGAUGUUUUGCAGGGGACAACAAUUCAGGACAUCUCCACAGUUAACCAGAUACCUGCCAUGUGGGAAGGACUUCAGAACAUUCCUCACUUGAACUACAACCCUGGUGGCGCAAUGGCAGAGGGCAGCACCAACAAUUCUGGUUCCAUGAAGAUUGAAAAAUGAGCAGCUGGUAUAGCUUGCACGGUUGCUUGGUGAAUCAUAAAGCGCUCGCAGUAUCAAUUUUUGUAUAGAUGGAGGCCCCCUAACCAUUCGUUGCCGUUGCCUGUUUCCAUAUCUUGGCUCCCCAUAGUGUAUGGUUUUCAUGUGGCAUCUGAAGAUUUUGUACAGUUGGAGCUCAAAAUAGCUGAUUCCACUGUAAAUCGCUACUGUAUUUUAGAUUGUGGAAAUUGGGAAACCUUGUAUUGUUCAUGAGCUCCAAGAUUGGGACCAAGUAUUGAUGGGCUUAAGCAUGCAAACGAGUAGGAUGGACUUUUGGUACAAAUUUUCAAGGAAUUGAAUCUGUCGAAAGUUCAUGAUUUGCGCA